CUGUAAAGUGGAUUGUACUUACAAAAAUAAAAAUAAUCAAUCAUUCGAUAAUUUUGGUGUUCAGCAUGAUUAAGUGAACUCCUCGUGUCAUGUCUUCACUCGUUAUUUACAUAUUACUAUGGAUUACGUUCAUUCAUAAGCAGGAAUGUGCUGUCAUACAUAUUGAUCACCACAAGAGGGUAAAGGAUGGCAUUGAUUACAUUAUGCAUAAAUAUUUGAAUCCACUUCGGACAUUAACAGCUGAUCUACCAAACCAUGCCAUAGAAAUGCAAAUAGAAAUUCAUGAAACAUCACAAAAACCUCAAAAAAGAGUGCUUCGUGUUGCAAAUUCUCGCAAUCCCAAAAAAGCAUUGAUGAAAAGAUCUCAGGAUGAAACUAAGGCAUCAACUGCAGAGUCGCCGGGGGCACCAGUGGCGGAGCCAUCAACAAUAGCUUCAACUGCAACUGACGUAGCUCCACCAUCUGCUGCAAUUGCAGCUGAGUCGACUGCCCAACCUGCUGCAGCACCUGCAGCACCCUCUUCAGAUCCUUCGAAAGUACCCGUUUACAUGGAUGACCUGAAAAAAAUUAUCGAUGACCUUGAAAAUAGAUUACGCAGUACUCCAGAGGGCACGACAACAGUGACAACGACAACGAUAAUAUCUCGAAAACAAGGCGGUGGUGAAGCAUCAUGCAACAAUGGUGGUGGUGGUGGUGGAAAUGGUGGGGGCGGUGGUGGUAAUGGUGGCGGUGGGGGUGGUGGUAAUGGUGGCGGUGGAGGAGGUGGCAAUCAACUACAGACUCCAGUUCGAAGUAUUCAAGAUAUCGUGCAAUUGUUGCAGAAAGCAAUCCAUAUUGAGCAUCAAAUGCCGAAGCCAGAUGACAAUAAUCUAGAGUGGGUGCAACUAAAGAUACCUAAAAAUUUAUAAUCAGUAUUAGAAUUCAUCAAUGAAAUUAUGUGUUAUGUUUGUAAUAAAAUUAAACUAAAU